AUGGCUUCAGAAAUAGUUUCUCGGAUAAACAGGGUGAGAAGUGCAGUAGCUAAUGGUGAAGCCGACGGUGAGGACGGAUACUUACCUAAAGGAUACGGAAUGAUGAGAGUUUCUUGGGACAGCGAGUUGGCGGCUAUAGCAAAGCUAGUGAUUUCCAUGUGCCACUCACAAACUGACUACACCUGCGCUGCUACAUCCAAAUUCUCCAAUCCGAUAAUGGCAUAUCUAUCCAGUACGAAUGUCGACUCAAUGGAAGAGGCGGUAGAUGAUAUUCUCAGGGAAUUUGAAGAAUACAGAGUUAUGAUCGACGAUGUCUUCGUUGGACCCAAUAUAAGAAAUGAAGAGCCCAAGCUACGCUUCCUGCGACUAGUGGUGGGAGACCUAACACACAUCGGAUGCGGGCUAGCUGUAUAUCAAUCUUUUCAAAAUGAUAUGACACACUUAAAGUGUUACAUGUCACACUCGCCGGUACAGAAUAUGCCAGUGUACAACACUGACCCUCCGAGCCCAGAGGACAGGGCUUCCCCGAGGUGCGGCUGUCCCUCCGGGUAUAAAGAGGACGAAGGCUGUCUCUGUAUACCUAUGAAUAUCGCACCAUCACCAACUGGGACACGACCGUCAUCAAACAAUGGGUACUAUCAGCCUCAACCAGAAUCUAUUAAUAAACUCAAACCAAUAAAACAAAUGGUACGACACCACACGCGACCGAACACAUUUCCGACCAUAAUUUGGCCAGCAACAGAAAGCCCUGGUGGAAGCAACGAUAGCUGCAAGCCCAAGAUUGUGAUGAUGCCCAUAUUCACGUUGCAGAACGACCCAAGGCUUAAGCGUUAUGGUAUAAAGAAGAAUAAAGUUCUGCGAAGAUCUUUGGACAACGAUGUCAAGAGUUCACUUACAACAGACGAUUUAUAUUUUUAUGACGAGUCAAUCGAACCAUCAAAACUGACACUCAGAUCACAACUGCUCUACAAUGUGAAGAAAGCUCGGGAGAGGGAAGGCAUUCAGUUCUACAGUUCCGAAGAAAAACAUUCACCGACACACGAUCAAAAGUGGAAGAGGAUUGUGUCCAUUCUUGAUUUACUGGAGAUGAAAGGGAAAUCUAUGAAUUUGACAAGUCGCGAGGUCAUGGAAGCCCGGAGAAAACUUAAAGAAAUACACGAAGAGGUGUUAGGGAAAACGGAAUAUGGUUUAUCUGAAGUUUACCAACAAUUUGAUGGCCCAGAUUUGUUUGAUGGUGUUCGCGAGGCCGUCAUCGUGGCCAAUGAUGUAGAAGAGACCGCCAAGCAUUGCUAUGGAGAUAAGGUACACAAGCCCGAGGGCAAUUUUGGGGAGGAUGGGACCUACAACACUGGCGCGGACGUAGUCUAUGGCGAUCGCUUCCAGACCCCUGUAAGAGAAACGCGAAAAAUUAGCGGUUGA